AUGAAAGGCUUUAGACAGAGAGUUCUAUCGCGCGCAAAAGACUCCGGCAAGUCCUCCAAGAACAAGAAAGAGGGCACAUCUGGCACCUCAUCACCCUCCCAUGGCGGUUCCUCGACGCACUCACCUGCCACAUCUGCUCACGCAACGCCUACCUCGUCCACAACCCAGCUAGUCGAUCCCCGCAAUAAGCCUCUUCCAGGGAACGAAGGAAGCACUGGUGGAGCUUCGCAUGCGAACUCAGCACAUCCCGCUCAGCCUGGGUUACCAAGCUCCUUGACUUCCGGCCACCCGUACAUGCCACAGCCGCCAAGCACGAUGAGUUCGGGAGGUGCCGGUACGCCUGCUCCAGGUACGCCGCAUAGACCGGGCGGGGGUCAUUUACCACCUUCGGUGGUUGUGUCGUCAACUGCGCCGCAUAUUCCUCCUCCAGGAGCCGCCGAGACCAUGCCAGGUGAUCUGGCGCCUCCGUCAAAGGGCGGCCAAAAGUCGCUUCUGUUUGAUCGUCUACAAUCCACCCCGAAAGAUGUACCAGACGGCUUGCGAACGCCGAAACGCCAACAUUCAUCCAGAUUCGACAUCUCCGAUCAACGACAACGGGAAUUGGAGAAACUGCCGGGCUUCCACGAAGUCGCGCCCCAAAAGCGUCAGGAGCUGUUCAUGCAAAAGAUCGAUCAAUGCAAUAUCAUCUUCGAUUUCAAUGACGCCAGUGGGGACAUGAAAUCGAAAGAGAUCAAACGUCUGGCUUUGCACGAGCUCCUGGACUACGUGGCGAACAACAGGCAGGUCAUUACAGAACCGAUGUACCCUCGGGUUGUGGAGAUGUUUUCGAAGAAUCUGUUUCGGCCUAUUCCCCCACCAGUAAAUCCACAAGGCGAAGCCUUCGAUCCAGAGGAGGAUGAACCGGUUCUCGAGGUUGCCUGGCCGCACAUUCAGGUUGUGUACGAGUUCUUCCUUCGCUUCAUUGAGAGUCAGGACUUCAACACCAACAUCGCGAAGCAAUACAUAGAUCAUGGGUUUGUGUUACAGCUCCUGGAGCUAUUCGACUCGGAAGACCCGAGGGAGCGGGAUUUCUUGAAGACUACGUUGCACAGGAUCUACGGCAAAUUCCUCAACCUUCGCUCGUACAUUCGGCGAUCGAUCAACAACGUCUUCUUCCAGUUCAUCUACGAGACCGAACGCUUCAACGGAAUUGCGGAGCUGUUAGAAAUCCUUGGUUCGAUCAUCAACGGAUUUGCCUUGCCGCUAAAAGAAGAGCACAAGCUUUUCCUUACUCGUGUGCUCAUUCCGCUGCACAAAGUCAAAAGCCUCAGCAUGUACCAUCCGCAGCUGGCAUACUGCAUUGUGCAGUUCUUAGAAAAGGACGCGGCAUUGACAGAAGAGGUUGUUCUGGGUCUGCUACGAUACUGGCCAAAGGUCAAUAGCACGAAGGAGGUCAUGUUCUUGAACGAGGUGGAAGAUAUCUUCGAGGUUAUGGACCCUGCAGAAUUCGCGAAGGUGCAAGAACCGCUGUUUAACCAGCUGGCCAAGUCGGUCGCUAGCCCGCAUUUCCAGGUUGCGGAGCGAGCGCUGUACUUCUGGAAUAACGAAUACUUCUGUAACCUUGUGAGCGACAACGUGGAGGUUAUCCUGCCAAUCAUGUUUGCGCCGCUCUAUGAGAACUCAAAAGGACACUGGAACCGCACAAUCCAUGGCAUGGUCUACAACGCGAUGAAGCUUUUCAUGGAAGUCAAUCCGCAGCUGUUCGAUGAGUGUUCACAUGAGUAUGCCGAGUCGCAGACCAAUGCAGAACAGAGGCAACAAACACGGCAGACCCGGUGGGAUAAGCUUGCUGAGCUGGCCAAAGCACGGCAGAACGGGAGGAUCGAGAACCCGAAGCUACCUGCAACGACCAACACAGGGUCGAAGGUGACCUCGCCGCUGAGCGCAGAUGACACGGAUCCUCUAAGUCAGGACAGCCAGCGACGGCUGGAGGCGCUGCGUUUGCAGGACGAUACCAUGGCAGGAAGGGAUCGAAGACCAAAGGAACACGAGCGGCAGACUUCGGUACGUUAG